AUGUCUAGGGCGAAGUCCUCCUACAUGCGAGACUUGGUCGGAAGAUGGCCGGCAGGGUGUUCGGGAGCCGGUUCCCUUCUUCGUCGGCAUUCCAACUACAACAGUUUCUACCGCUGUUUGGGAAACAGCAGCGGUGUUACUGUGUGUACAAGUAACGAAUCACCUGCUACCAUCUUCUUCGGUAGUGGUGGUGGUGGUCUUGCGGAUCAAUUGUUACAAAAAACAAAAGUUUCUCCUUGGCUCCUAAUCCCUCCUCCUGAUGCUGCCGCCUCCGCCGGAAAUAUCGUCGGCAACAAGCAGAGAAGUUGUUUCUAUGACUAUUAUUACAGCCUGGCGGAGAACAGAGUGAAAAGCAUCACGGCUGCCGAAAGUAGUUGCAGUGGCAUGCAGAAUUCAGAAGAUGAUGCUCUGUGCAUUGGGUCAUCUCACGGGUGGCUAGCUAUCGUGAACCGGCUCAAUGAUUCUGUUUUCCUUUUCAAUCCCAUAACACAGCGUAGGAUCGAGCUUCCCUCCAUCCGCACACUACCAGUUCAUGAUCCAAUUUACCGCACACUACCAGUUCAUGAUCCAAUUUUUUGCAAAACUAUUGGGGCUAUUGCUGCCUCGUCAUCGCCAGAAGCGGCUGCAGAGGACUGCAGAUUCAUGAUCUCCUACUACUCCGUGGAAGCAAGAGGAUAUAAGCUGGCCUUUUGCUGUCCCUCUCGCGGUGAAAAAAGCUGGACUUGCCUCCAAAGUCCUCUGGUAGACUAUAACUGCAUAGUUUAUUCCAGAAGGCACCGAAUGUUUGUCGCGGUCAAUACAGAUUUGGAGAUGGAGUGUUGGGAUCUUUCUAAUCCUCUGUCCCCGAAAAGGACUCGCAUUAAGAACCUAAAAGUGGAUGUGGAGGAAUAUCCUUGCUAUGAUUCCUUAAGAACUGAAGCUGAGGAAGAGGAAUUCCUCGAAAAAUUGGUGUCCCACGAUAGGCUUUUCUUGGUCCCAUAUGCUGAUCAUGAUUCCUCCUCCUCGUCGUCUUCGGGCCAGUUCUUUUGGGUAACGAAGUACACUGCGUACAGCGUCAACCAGGAGGACGGUUCUUUUGUAGAUGACCCUGAUUGGACUCUUCCAUACAAGACUUGGACUUUUGACGUUCAUAAAUUUAAUCUCACUGAUAAAGUGUUGAGGUACAUGGACAACUCUUUGGAGGAUCACGCCACUUUUAUUGGCAUGAAUGAUAGUUUCUCGCUCUCUGCAAAGGAUUUCCCUGAGGUGAGGCCUAAUUCCAUUUACUUCACUGAUGAUUACUAUCUCUCAUCUGGAAGAAAUAAGUCUUGGGGAGGUCACGAUGUUGGGAUCUAUAACUACAAAGACAAGACCUUCGAGGACUGCUAUUUCCCGUGUGAUUACAAAAACAUUAGGAGGAUCGAACCCUAUCCAAUUUGGUUUAUUCCUAAUCCACUCUAG